UAUUUUGUUCCUCCAAUCCACGGUCAACAAUCUCUUUUGACUGCUAGUAUACCUGUUAGUUGCUUUUUCUUCACAAGAAAAGUAUAAAGCUUUUGCGGUAGUAGUAGUGGCGAUGGAUUUAGUUUACCAUGUUAAGGAGGAGUAUCCGGCGGGAUCGAGUUCGUCGGCGGGGGGCGGCGGCGGCGGAGACCCGGUGGUGAUUCCGCCGCCGCAGCCGAUGGAGGGGCUUCAUGACAUCGGGCCUCCGCCAUUCCUGAUAAAGACUUAUGAUAUGGUGGAUGAUCCUGGUACUAAUCGUGUUGUUUCUUGGAGCAGAGGCGGCCACAGCUUCGUUGUCUGGGAUCCCCACGCCUUCUCUACUAAUCUCCUCCCCAGAUUCUUCAAGCACAACAACUUCUCCAGCUUCGUCCGCCAGCUCAAUACUUAUGGUUUCAGGAAGAUUGAUCCAGAGAGAUGGGAGUUCGCGAAUGAGGCGUUUCUGAGGGGGAACAGGCAUAUGUUGAAGAACAUAAGGAGAAAAAGGACGCCGAGUUCCCAGCCCGUUCCGGCGCACCAAGCGCACGCAGUGGGGCCGUGUGUGGAAGUAGGGCGGUUCGGAGUCGAAAUCGACGCAGAAGUGGACGGAUUGCGGCGAGACAAGCAGGUGUUGAUGAUGGAGCUCGUGAAGCUCCGGCAGCAGCAGCAGACCACCAGAGCCUACCUGCGAGCAAUGGAGGUGAGGUUACAAGGCACGGAGAGAAAACAGCAACAGAUGAUGAAUUUCCUCGCCAGAGCCAUGCAAAACCCAGAGUUUCUGCAGCAAUUGCUGGCGCAGAAGGAGAAAAGGCGAGAGCUUGAAGACGCAAUUACCAAGAAACGGCGCCGGCCGAUUGAUCAAGGCCCGAGUGACAGUCGGGCCGCCGCCGCCAUUAAACCCGAGCCCUUAGAACUCUCCAACGGAGACCCGUACGGAUUCCAGGUUUCAGAACUGGAAGCCCUUGCAUUGGAAAUGCAGGGAUAUGGCCGAGCAAGAAGAGAGAUAGAGGAGGAGGAGGAGAAUGAUGAUCAUGGAUUUGAACAGUUUCAGAGCGAAAGCUCAUAUAAAGAACUGGAUGAAGGAUUUUGGCAGGACUUUUUCAAUGAAGGAUUCGAUGAAGCAUUGAAGGAAGAAGGUGAAGAGGGAGAUGUCAAUGUUUUGGCAGAUAGGUUAGGUUUCUUGGGUUCAAAUUCAAGUCCAAAGUAGCAACUUGGAGUCAAUGUGAAAUUGUAUCACAGUAUGAUCGCUCUCGUUCUUGAAGAAGCGGAUCGAAUCAUCACUCUUGUCCCGAAAGAGUUGAAGUGGGAUCGUAUCAUCGUUCCGGCCAGCAAGGAGGGUCACAUUAACUACUAAUGUAUUCAAUCUCAUGAUCUUGUGACUUGUGUUUAAUGCUAUAUAGUGUAUCUGUCUUGUUCUGUGUAGUUAGGUUCCUUGCCUGAAGAUGAAGCUCAAAGUAGAAACGGUAGCUGGAACUGGUUCUCAUCAUCUCAAAUUCUCAACCCCUUGGUAGUUCUUUACAUCUUUUGAAUGUUUCCUGGUACCCCAUUUGGGGUAAUUUAGGCCUUUAUUGUUAAGAUUUCUUCUGGUUUUCUUGGACUUUGACAGGAAACAUUCUUCAAAAAAGCAUCUAUCCGACCACGAAAAAA